AUCUCUUGACCAUGAGUAAUUAAAUUUCUAUUUCCUCCAAGUAUAUUUGCUAAAGUACUUCAAAACUAAGGUUUUUACGUCGAAUGCAAUUUUCUUUUUUUUUUUGAUUAUAUCACUCUUGUGUUUUCUAUAAAAGAAAUAGAAACCUCUUCACAGAAGCUAUUUGAUUUUGAAAAGUUGUUCAAUAUGAGUGUGAAUAAAAAAAUAGUUUUCGCUCUAACUUGCGUGAUAUCGGUUCACUUGAUAAGAGCUUAUGAUUUACCAAUUUUACAUCCGGGAUGUAAUGAAUAUGAGGAUGCAUCUCAACCAACUCAACUUCCUUAUCCGAAUGAUUGUACUAAAUUCUACAAAUGUUCAGGAGGUUAUGCAUUUACUUUAAGCUGUCCAAAUGGACUUCAUUGGGGUGCCAAAACAAAUAGAUGCGAAUACCCUGCACAAGCUGAUUGUAAGGCGGAUAAUGUGGUUUCCACUACUUCUACUACUAUUACUACUUCUAAUAACGGUGGCAAUGGAAUGAUUGUUGUAAGUUGCCCGAUUGGUGAGGAUCCAGAGGAGCCGACACAUUUGCCUUUUCCAGGGGAUUGUACGAAAUUUUUCAAGUGUAAAGUUGGACAAGCAUAUCCGCUGAGUUGUCCAUGGGGAUUGCAUUGGAGUGUGUAUUUAAAUCGUUGUGACUGGCCAAGCAUUGCCAAAUGUAAUAAAGCACCAACUGAAUCACCUACACAGGCUUCAACCCCAGCUCCGACCCCAGCUCCAACCCUAGCUCAAACCACAAUCCCCAACCCAGCACCAACUUCGGCACCAACCCCAGCCCCAACUCCAGCUCCAACCCCAGCUCCAACCCAAGCACCAACUCCAGCACCAACCCCAGCUCCAACUCCAGCACCAACUCCAGCUCCCACCCCACCACCUACUACAACAACUACUCAAGCACCCACUCCAUCAACCACACCUUUACCAUCAAAUCCUUCAAAUUCAGACGUUAACAAUUUAUGCAAAAAUGUUACAACUGGAUUUUUGACAUAUCCUGGAAAUUGUAGGCGUUAUAUUCAAUGUGUCAAUGGCUUAGGUAGAUAUCAUUCUUGCCCAGGAAAUCUAUAUUUUAAUUCAAAGAUUGGAGUAUGCAGUCGCACGUGUGGUUAAUUUUAAUUAACUCAAUGAAGUGACACAACCAAGUGAAAUUUAUGUAGAAAUUCAAAUAAAAUAUUAAACUUGCUCUUUAUACUC